UACAGUGUGGUUGUAUUACAGACUUUGAGUUUUUGGCCACAACGGAGGUGGUAGAGACGACGCAGUAUGCAGGGUCCUCUCAAGAAAACAGCAUUGCCGAGCCCGUUGUUCAGGCCUUGGACGCGCGAACAGCCCAGGUCUCCUUCGACACGCCGCCAGUAUAUAAGGGUCUGCCUGGAGAACUUCUCGUUAGAUUCACCAGUGAUCCCGUAGCUAACUCGGACCCAGCCACAUGGAAGCAAGAGAUCUGGUACCUAUGGGAACGAUCAUCAACCACUCACAGUGGAACCACGUCAUGACCAGCCUGGAACCUGGCACCUCCUAUGCCAUGCAAGUUGUACUGAACGUCCAGGGGCCCAGCCAGUCACUUCCCCGAUGUUUACUUACACUACAAUGGCUGAAGCCACCACCCCGUCUACCACAACACCUUUACCCCGUCUGGAAGUAAACGCUGAGCUCUAUGCAACAAAGGUUACCAAGACGACGGCCCAAGAUAUCAUGGAGACGUUUCAAUGAUUACGAAUUGCAGUACAUCGAUGGCGUGCAAGUGAAAUAUUCUGAGAAGGAUAAACUGAUCCCCAACGUUAGCCCGCUGCUCCACCAUGACAGCAACCAGAUGGAAUUACGUGACCUGCAGCCAGGCACUAAUUACACUGUCGACCUGGUAUUGUUUUCUCACGAGAAUCUGCCCACACAGAUCACCAACACUCAGGCCAUUACCUUUAUGACACUGCCUGAAGAAGAUCCUUAUGAAUUUGAGAUCGAGGUUCAGGCCGGCAAGGUUUCAUCCCAGACAGCCGAACUGUUCUACUCGGGCGUGCCAGACCAGAGGAGAAAUACGUCAACGUCUUCAGAGCAGUGUAAAGUGCGCGAAGACGAGCGAGUGGACGCCCAGACCUUCAAGAUUCCCAAGACAGGUCACGAGAAGAAGAUCUUCCUCAGCGACCUGAAACCUGACGUCGAGUACAAAGUGUGGUUGGAGGCUUACCUUUCCAACGGCCGAAAGAAGACGAGCAACGUGAUCGCCAUUACUACCAAAGCGGGCGAACUUCCCAAGCCGGAGAAGAGUGAAGUUGACCCCUCGACGCAGGCCGACGGGGAGAAAGACGGGUACUACGCCGCCCUGGUCGCCGUGGCCAUCAUCGCUGCCAUCGCGUGCGUGGGCUUCCUCGGCCUGCUGGUGAUCCUCCUGAGGAAGCAGAGCCACGCCAAGGCCCACAUCAACUCCUCGAGAAGCAACGCCGCGUAUGACAACCCGUCAUACAAGGUAGGGGACAAUGUAAGUAUGCCGACUAACUCUGCUUCCGUAUUAAUCUAUAGGCGUUUUUGAAGGUACUACCAGUAGCGUCGCGGGAGUAAUCGUUUGGGCUCUCGUUCUUGGAAACUUAGGUGGUAAAUCUUGUGGUGGAGCCAAUGUACGUAGAUUUGUACAUCUAAAAGACUAGACGUAGCUUAAUGUACACCUGUAAAAUGGGUUUAGUUGUGCUUCUUGUAAUAUAUGCGCGCGUGUGUGAUUGUGUUUGUCCUUGUUUAGGUGUGUGGAUAUACAAGCAUACACAUACGCAUAAAC